ACAUCCAAUACUGAAGCUAAUUUCUAUAGCUCGUCAUCUCAAUUGAGCUAAACAGAUUAGUUGACACUCUAGGACUAGGCUUAACGAUAUGCAUCCUGAAAAAAAUAAGUUGUUGUUAGUAAUUGAUAUGGGCAGGCAAGAAGAGAAACCAUGGAGGCCUAUGUUCUUGGUUCUAUUAUGACUCUCGCCUAAUCCUUACCAUACAUAAGAGUAGGCAAAAUGAGAGAAAAGACAAACAGAAAAGGAAGAGGAAGUCAAAACCUUGCAGUCCCAAGAACGAGUCGAGGCACUCCGUUCCCAGAUUCAGACAGUCUUAUCACCGCUACAGGAAGCAAUAACCGGCUGCGCGUCGUCAUUUCCGGUGGCCGGAUUCCAGGCAAGACUCCAAACCCUAUCGGUGUGACCGCUAAGUGUCUGAAUCUCCUUGAGCUGGAAGUUGGAGCCCUCGUCGUUCAAAUCCAUGGCGCCGGGGAUGUUCAAGAAUGAAGCUGUGAAUUUGGUUGGGUUUGGCUAUUACUCAGAGCUGCAAGUAUCAAAGUACAAAAUGGCAAUAAUGACCAAAACUAUUGGCGCUCGUCGACCAGGAAGGAAGGAAGGAGUAGGACGAAUUUCUUCCUAACCACGUCCUUCUGCCGCCUUCAACAGUGAAAACUGAAAAGGUUAGUUACUAAACAAGUCUUAUACUAUGAAUCGUUAACGAAUAAGGCCCCAUAAUAUGAUUACAUAAAACGAAGGAGGGUCUUUAUGUAAAUAGAUAAAACAUUGGGAGGUUAAUCGGAAAAAAGUAGUAAUUAAUUAGAGGGAGAACAGGUCCUGGGCCAUGACUGAGCAAUAGAUGAGGCCCAAAAGGUCAGGGUCGAUCCGGUACGCUGGCUAAGCUUAACUCAAUUCGUCAAUUCUAAAAAAAAGGGAAAAACAACAACUCCUCCUCCAUCGCCAACGCCAUCGUCAAAAGUUGUCUGGUCGCAGACGCAUCUCUUCUUUCCCGUUUCCCUGUUCUCUGCAACCCUAGAGAGGAGAGGAGAGGAGAGGACAUAUCCGAACUGUGUAAUCCAGGCUAGUCACCAUGGAACACGUACCACGUAGAGGUCAAAGUGGCCUUUUCGAAGGCAUCUACAAGGUUUUCAUGCGCCGUACCUCCGUCUAUGCCACCUUCGUCCUCGCCGGUGCUUUUUUCGGAGAAAGGGUACUUUUCGCUUAUGUCAAUGAUUUAUUGAAUUCGCUGUCGUUGUGAAUGCUUGAGAUUUGGCAGAGGAAUUGAUUGAUUUGGGCGAAUUGUAUGGAAAAUGAUCUAGCUUUCGAUGUUCAGAGGUCGCUUUGAGCUGUUUUUUUCUUUUUCGAAAGCCUUCGAUCAUUAGUACUUAAGAUCAGUUAUCGACAACACUGUGACGUGGAUCUGAACGGCCCUGAGCUUUUCUUAUGCAUUAAUUAGGUUUCAGAGUUCCUGAUUGAGAUGCUUGGUAGCAGUCGUUUAUCUGUAAGAAUUGACUGUUGAAGCCUGCGAUCUAAUAAUAAACUCCUCCCAGUCCCAGUAAUUAAAAAACUCUUUAUUUGGUUGGUGCAGGCUGUGGAUUAUGGAGUUCAUAAGCUGUGGGAGUACAACAAUGUUGGGGUAUUGCUCUAGAUUUUCUCCAGCUCUCUUGUUUGAAUUUAUCUGCAAUGCACCUUCGUUACUGCAUUUAUUGCGUUGUAAAACAAAAUGAUCUGCGAAAGAAGUUAAUAUGAGAUGGGAAUUGGGAUGAACUACAUUGGCACGUCUAAUUAUGACCUUACUAACCAACCUGAUUGUUUCCUUUCUUUUUGGUCUGCCAUAUGUGUGGAUGGCAAUAUUUUGAUAUCUAUUCUUCAUAGUGUUUUAACAUUCACGAGUAGCAAAGCUGUGCAACUUUAUCAGUUUUAUUAAGUUCCGCCGGUUCAGCAUGAAGCUGUUUUCUGCCAUGACAUCUAGUGAAUAAUUGGUUUUAUGCGAUGAACAUUUCUCACACUAGGGUCCCAACGGCUGUCAGGUUUCAUGGAAAUGAAAUGCUUUUCCUUUACGUUCCCAACUAAAUGAAUACUGUUUCAGCUAUGUGCAUAUGUUGUCUUCUCUCAGUGCUUUGUAUUUAGUUGACACUGCCUAGUUCAGAACUAGCACAAUUUAGUUAUUUGUUCUUCCUUAGACUUGUUCAAACCAUUGCUGUUUGCGUUCCUCCAAGAUGAUCGCGUUACUAGUCAUUGAUCUUCAUUCUCUCUACACUAUUGUAACCUGACCUUGUGUACAUCCGCACCCUGAACUUUGAUAACGUUACUAGUUCACCUGUGGUUUUUGUCCUUGGUAUCAUCUGUGAUAUCAUAUUUUUAUUGUGUUUUGGUCCCUUGUUUAUUUUUCGUGCUGCAGAAACGCUAUGAAGACAUUUCAGUUUUGGGACAAAGACCAGCAGAAUGAGGGCGGCUGAGUUCCCGUCCGUGGCUGUUUGGAUGUCCCAUAUUUGAUGAUUUUGGGAGUAAAACCAUGAUGUUACCAGAGUAGCAAUAAGUGUACUUUUAUGGUGGUUAAAACAAGACUUGAACGUCCACUCCACUGUUUUUCCUUCUUUUAUUGGCGAUUUUUGGGGCUGUAUGCACAAUAGUUAAUUAACUAAGAACAUUUGCUAUUUAGUUUAUCAAAAAAUGUGGUCAUUUGAC